CGGUGUUGGACAGGAAGGGAAGGGAAAGGCAGACAAUGGCCGCCUCCCGCAUAUGGCCCUUCGCACUGAACGCCGUCUCAUUACUCAGCCUACUGACCGGAAUCUAUUUUGCUGUUCAAGUACACAGGAAACCGCUUCUAGCAUGGGACGUUCCGCUCCACCUUUCCUACCAGGACAUAGGAACCGUUGGCCACUCGCGCAGCCUGGCACGCUAUGAUGCCGAUCUCUGGAACCAUGCCGUCCAAGUUGGCGGAGGAGUCAUCGUAGCGAUUACUCUUGCUGCUUUCCAGCGUCACCGCAAUGGGCAAUUUCAGCGGGCGGCCCAGCCAACUUCGGGCCCAGGCUUGCGCCGGUCGCCCAACUCGGCGACAUCCAGCCUACGGAGCGGGUUUGGCUUUGACUUCGGCAGCAAUAUAAGUCUCGGCACCAUCUUGGUAUCUAUGAUUGCCGGCGCCGGGCUCUCCUCCAGCCUGCUGGGGAUGCACCCCGCCACGUGGGCGACAACGAGCCCCAUUGGGGCGGUCUCCACGGCCGCCAUCACGGCCGAGCUCACGCGCGUGCCGGCCGCGACGCCGUGGGACAUGUCGUCCGUGAUGCUGCGCAGCGCGUUCGAGCGCGCUGUUGCGCAGAAGCCGUACGGCCUGGCGGCCACCCACAGCUACCUCGCCCGCCACUUCGGGGACGAGCAGGGCGUGCGGGUCGGGAGGACCGUCUACCCGUCUAUUUGCACGCACGGCGUCGGCGUCGCGCCGGCGCCCUGGGAGCGGAGGGGUUACCACGUGCCGGUCGACCAGGGGCGUGUGCUGGCGUACGCGCCCAUCGUGGCCGCGACAAACGUCACCGUCCAGUGCACCGACAGCACCGAGGAGCGGGCCUGGGGUUAUGAGGUCCACGAAUUUGCCUCGGCAGAAGAACCCGACCAGCCCAACACCAUCAUACACCGGUUCCACGUCUCUCCCAAGACAGACUGGCGCACCAACGGGCCGAGACAGACCGUCACAUACGUCGACGGGGACAAGGGCUUCAACCUCAAGCCCUGGCAAGCCUUGAAGAAGGUCGGCAAUGAGCCCGUGCACGCGGACAACAUGGAAGUACACCAAAUCUUCCUCUUCACCAACGUCGGCCCGAUCAACCACGUGCCCGAAAUCAUCCUCCUCGACUGCCGGUACGGCGGUGUCGACGUCAUCCGGCAAGUGACCAUGACCUCGCCGCUUGAGCCCACUUCCAUCGGGGAGAUCAUCGACACCAAGGACGCGCUCGACAUGGAGGACCUGUACCCGGCGGCGUCCGCCAUCGAUAGCGCGCUCGGCCGCGACGGAGGCGCCUUGCUCGCCGGGAUGGCAGCCGCCGGAGUGACCUCGCUCGAGAUGUGGGACUACGUCCGCGGCCGGACGAAGACGCCCGGGCUGAGCGGGCUGGUUGAGCAUGUCCUGGUCGACACGGCGCAGGCGUACUUCAGCCUCGUCCGGCAGUGGCGAGAGGAGGCCCAGUUCUUCUCGUGGCCGCGCGAGGUUGCGGCGGGCAACCUGACCGCCACCUCGAAGCGCAUCGGCGCGGAGGGCGGCGCCGCGGUCGGAGCCGUGGUUGUGCUCGGACUGCUUGCGCUGUUGCCGCUCUCGGCGCUGACGAGUCUCUCGCGGGCCGUGGUGCGCGACUACCGCCGGUGACGGUUUUCCAGCGGCUCUGAACUGAAGGAUGGGGUGAUGAAGAAGAAAUAUGAAUAGAGCUGCUCAUUGGCUUGCCCGUCACCGCCCUAGGACAUGACCAUUGGGCGGAAUAUUAAUAGUCAUAAAUGCCAUCAAGUGUCCAGCUGUGCCUGUACGACGCCGGUUCCAAUCCUAAAACGCUGCUCUUCGACCUUGCCCCGUAUUCUCCCAAGAAGAUGCUCCAACAGCCCGUUCACGCCCAGC